AUGGAUUAAACAUCUAAUUAUCUUAAAAUUUGGGGUUUACCACCAACAAUUAGCGAGAAUGAAUUAUUACAGAAGAUUAAAAUGAUUGGAAAAGUGAUUAAAAAUAAGUAAGUAAAUAAUGUAUGGUACCUAAUAUUUGAGGAUGAGUUGGAUAAUGAUAGUGUAUGAUAAAAUAUCCAUUUGAUAGGUUGAGUUUUUAUAAAGCAGCUAUACAUAAUUGUAAUAUAUAAUUGGUACAGAAAUGACACCUUAAGACAUUUAGAAAUUUACAUAAAUAUUUUCAUCAAAUGAUGAUGAUGAAAAUUAGAGAAAAAGACUUGAAUAAGAAAAGCUUUAGGAAAUAACUAAAAAGUAGUAAGAAGAUUUAAGAUAAAAAUAACUUCAAUAGCAAUAAGAAUUUUUAAGAUAAUAAGAAGAAUAAAGAAAAAAAUAAUUAAAAGAAAGAGAAGAAGCAUAAAAAAGAGAGGAAGAGUUGAAAUAGAAAUUAUUAGCUGAGGCUAAGCAAUAAAUAGAGUAUUAAUAAAGAUUAGUAAAUAAUAUAUAUAUAUAUUAUUUUUAGUAAUAGUAGAAAGAAUAAGAAGAAAUACAAUAAAAAUAAUAAUAGGAAUUACUUUAAUAGUAAAGAAGAGAUUAAUAGAUAUAGUAAGAAGAAUAAUAAAGAUAAGAAUAAUUAAAAUAUGAUUAAUAAAGAUAAGAAUAUCUGAAGUAAGAAUAAUAAAGGCAAGAAUUGUUAAGAUAAGAGUAAUAAAGAUAAGAAUUAUUAAGACAAGAAUAAUAAAGAUAAGAAUUAUUAAGAUAAGAAUAAUAAAGAUAAGAAUUAUUAAGAUAAGAGCAAUAAAGAUAAGAAUAAUAAAGAUAAGAAUAAUAAAAAUAAGAAUAAUAAAGAUAAGAAUAAUAAAAAUAAGAAUAAUAAAAAUAGGAAUAACUAAGAUUAGAAUAAUUAAAAUAAAAUUAAACAAGAUUAGAAUAACCCUAAUAAAAUUAAUAGUUCAAUUAUUAAUCUUUGGAUUAAUAAAAAGAAAAAAUAAAAGAAGAAUUAGCUCUAGAGUUCGCUAAAUCUUAAUUUUAACAAAAACAAUAGGCUGAACAAAAAUAGUUGGAAUAAAAUAAGGCAAUCUAAAAUUUGAUAAAUAAAAUAAAAGAAACUGAACAAUAAUAGUAAAAUUUAAAAGAUUAAUGCACUUUCUAAUAAGAAACUUCAAAUAAGUAUUCAAAAGAAAUUUAAGAUUUAAAAACUUCAUUAAACCAUGUUACACAAUAGAGAGACAAUGUUAUUGCUAAAUUUAAAGAAUUAUAAUCAAACUAAGGUAGUACAGUCACUUAAGAAGAUGUGGCCUUUUUAGAAUAACAAUAAUAAUAAUAGUAGCCAUAAUCUCUUUAGAAUGUGUUGUUUAAAUUUGAAUUUUGGGUUGUGUUAUUAGGUGCUUGGGUUUUAAGUUAAAUAAUAAAUUUCUUCACCUGAUC